CCACGUGUGAGAUCUUCUCUAUCAAGUACCACCAACCGCUAAAGAAAGCAGAGUCGCUUGCUCUGCCACGACGACGGACGGGGCAAGAAGCUCAACGAUGCUCUCAUCAGCGACGGCGGCGGCGCUGAUUGAUCGGCGUUUGCAUGUGGGAUGUGAAGUGAGAAGACCGUUGAAAGUGACGGCGAAGAUUCCGACGUUUCUGCCGAGAGAUGUUGAGAGAAUCAAAGACACGUUUGCUCUGAAGCUAGCUUCCAGAAUCGAGAGGCUUCCCGUACAAGUGAGCUUCUCGGAAGAUAGAAUCAUGAGCAGUUGCGUGACGCCGCUGAUGAGGAAAGAGACAAGUCCUGUCGUGCUUCUUCACGGAUUUGAUAGUUCUUGUCUAGAGUGGAGAUACACUUAUCCACUGCUGGAAGAAGCUGGUUUAGAGACAUGGGCAUUUGAUGUACUUGGUUGGGGAUUUUCUGAUUUAGAGAAACUUCCACCGUGUGAUGUAGCGUCUAAAAGAGAGCAUUUUUACAAGUUUUGGAAGUCUCAUAUUGGAAGGCCCGUGGUUUUGGUUGGGCCCAGCCUCGGUGCUGCUGUUGCAAUAGACAUUGCUGUCAACCAUCCUGAAGCGGUUGAGUCCUUGGUUUUAAUGGAUGCUAGUGUUUACUCAGAAGGUACAGGAAACUUGGCUACUUUACCCAAAGCAGCAGCCUAUGCUGGAGUAUAUUUACUCAAGAGUGUUCCAUUGAGGCUGUAUGCAAACUUCCUUUGCUUCAAUGGUGUCUCACUGGAAACUAAAUGGGACUGGACAAAGAUUGGUCGCUUGCAUUGUUUAUAUCCUUGGUGGGAAGAUGCAGCUGUUAGUUUCAUGACUAGCGGUGGAUACAACGUAACUUCUCUUAUAAAAAAGGUUUCACAGAAAACUCUGAUAGUAUGGGGAGAGGAUGACCAAAUCAUUAGCAACAAACUCGCUUGGAGGCUAUAUGGAGAGUUACCUAACGCGAGUGUGAAACAAAUAUCAGACUGUGGACAUCUUCCUCACGUCGAAAAGCCAGCUGCUGCAGCUAAACUGAUCACAGAAUUUGUUAGAGAGACUUGCCGGUGUAAAGAGGUUGAAAGUAUAUCAUAGAGAGCCCUGAACACUUAAUAAAGGUGUGUGUUUUUACAAAAAAAUAUUCUUUUUAAGCAGUAGUUGGUACUUCACUUCACACUCAUUGUUGGUUUGUCUAUAAUUGAUCAUGAAAAGUUAUUUUUGUUUACAAUUAAAAAUAUAUAUAUAUAUAUAUUUU